AUGGUUCCCAGCCAGGGCUACUUGUUCUCUCCUGUGACAUUCCUAGAGUCACGAAAGGGUCUGGACGACUGCUUGCAGCAAUAUGUUUGUGUGUUUGAGCGCGGAGGUGUGUGUGGGGAGAGGCUGCUGAGGAUUAGCCACGCCGAGCUGGAGGAACUGGGAGUUUCUCGCAUCGGACACCAGGAGCUCAUUCUGGAGGCUGUCGACUUGCUCUGCGCUCUGAACUCAGGUCUGGAGACGGAGAGCGUCAGGACUCUGGCUCACAAACUCGGCGCCUCGGCCAAAAACCUGCAGAACUUCAUUUCCGGCCGCCGCCGAAGCAGCCAAUCAGAGAGCAGAAGCUCACGGCGGCUACCCAACGAUCUGCUGACCUCCGUGGUCGACCUCAUCACCGCCGCCAAGAGCCUGCUUGCCUGGCUGGACAGGUCUCCCUUUGCUGCAGUGGCAGACUACUCAGUAACCCGAAAUAAUGUCAUUCAGCUCUGCCUGGAGCUCACCACCAUUGUACAGCAGGACUGUACGGUGUUUGAAACGGAGAACAAAAUCCUUCAUGUGUGUAAGACUCUGUCGGAGGUGUGUGAGCACAUUGUGUGUGUGUCAUCGGACCCACUGGUUUCUCAGUCGGCCCACCUCGAGCUGGUUCACCUCACCAACAUUAAACCCUCUGAAGGCCUGGGAAUGUACAUAAAGUCAACCUAUGAUGGCCUCCAUGUGAUCACAGGAACUACUGAAGGGUCUCCAGCUGACCGCUGUAAGAAGAUCCAUGCGGGAGAUGAAGUCAUUCAAGUCAAUCACCAGACUGUGGUGGGCUGGCAGUUGCGUAACCUGGUCGGCUCGCUUAGGGCCGAUAAAGGCGUCGUGUCCCUGACCCUGAAGAAGCGUCCACAGAGCACGCUCAGCUCCGCCCCCGCACUGCUGAAGAACAUGCGCUGGAAACCCCUGGCUCUGCAGCCAACCAGAAGCCCAGGCAGCAGUUCAGCCACACCCUCAGGCACACCCACAAAGAACUCAGCCCUCCAGGACCUUUACAUCCCCCCUCCACCUGCUGAGCCAUACACUCCCAGAGAUGAGACGGGAGCCUUGUCUGGAGAUGAGGCAUCUCGUAACCAUGGUGGCGUCAGCGUUGCUAAGCGCUCUGAGUCACCAAACUCCUUCCUGGAUCAAGAGUCUCGCCGGCGAGAAGAGGAGGAGCCCGUGUACUGCACCACGCCUACAUAUGGCAGGCUGAGGCCCAUCUCCAUGCCUGUAGAGUGUAACUGGGUGGGCGACUAUGAAGACCCAGCCAAGCUUAACAGAGAAAGCCGCAGAGAAGCCUCACUCAUGCGUUACGUGGGACUGUCCAGCGGGGACGAGAGGACCUGCCCUGACGACUACUCCUCCCACACAGCUCGUCCAGGUAAACGGUCCAACGACACGGCCAAACGUGCCAAGAGGCGAAGCCACCACAGCCAAAGUCCCUCCCACUACGUCCUGCAGGCAAAUCAGAGGGAUUCUCCACCCAGAGACCCAGCCUCCAUGUAUCACACAUACCAGCAGUCCUCCUCUCUGCAGUCAAAGAGCAGGAAGAAGAAUAAAGGACGAGGUUUGGCCUCCCUGAGUCGGAGGCGUGUUUCCUGCAAGGCGCUCGGCAGAGGAGACUGCGAGGGCUGGUUGUGGAGAAAGAGAGAUGCAAAAGGUUACUUUUCUCAGAAAUGGAAGAAAUACUGGUUUGUUCUGAAGGACAACUGCCUGUACUGGUACAUCAACGAGGAGGAUGAGAAGGCCGAGGGUUUUGUCAGUCUUCCAGAGUUUAAGAUCGACCGGGCCAGUGAAUGUCGCAAGAAGUAUGCUUUCAAAGCAUGUCACCCCAAGGUCAAGAGUUUCUACUUUGCAGCAGAUGGAGUGGAUGACAUGAACAGAUGGCUGAGUCGUCUCAACAUGGCUGCUGUGGGCUACGCUGAGCGCGAGAGGAUGCGCCAGGAGCAGGAUUACUGGAGUGAGAGUGAACAUGAGGAUGACACCACCUCCAGCCCCAAACAGGACAGUCCCCCACCUCCAUAUGAUACCUACCCACGGCCUCCAUCAAUGAGUGCAUUCUUGGAAGGCCGAACCACUCGACUGUCUUCCACCGAGACGUCUCGUUCUCGCUCUUCCCAGGAGGACUUCCUCUGUGGCGAGCCACCCGUGGUGGCCGCAGAGCCACAGUACCACCCUGGCCCUCCUGGGGGAGGCACCACACACAGUGGGAGAAAACCAGGAGGCAGCAGCAGCAGCGACGUGCAGUACAGAUGCGAUCCUGUAGAGUACCGUUCCAGUCCUGCGGGAGGCAGCAGUGAGACAGGAUCCCCGGGCCGUUCUUCGUCAUCUCAGAGACGUUCUUGGCAGGACCUGAUUGAGACACCGCUGACUGAAGCUGGACUGCACUAUUUACAAACUGGGCCAUUAGAGGACGCUGUCUUUGCCGAGCCUGGUCCGGGAGGUGGGACUAUGACGGCCGGAGCCGUUUACACUCUUCCUGCACAGAGGAAUGUCCCGUUGCCCAUGGCGAUGCAGAGGCUGAUUCCUAUGGCAACCCAGGGAGGGAAACCCCGCAGCUUCACACUGCCAAGAGACAGCAACCUACACACACUCCUCACGCCCCCUGCGAAAGAAGAACAGCAAACGCACAAUGGUGGCAGUGAAGGUGCGUCCCUCGGCGACCUGUUUCGAGCGUGUGAGCAGGGCGGGGUGUGUCCUUUAGGUCGCGGCUCGGAGGCCAAAGGGCAGUCAGAGUUCAGGCAGUCGUUCCUCAGACGGGCCGCCGACCCUCAGCUCAAUGAGCGUCUGCACCGCCUCCGCAUACUGACCUCCACUCUGAAGGACAGGGAGGGGGAGCUAGCGCUGAUUGACAGGCUGUUGGCCAAUCCCCAGCUGUCGUCGGCUGAGUUCCAGGAGUGGAAGAGAGCCUAUCAGGAGCUGUUCUCUCAGGAGCCAAACUCCACCACUGAAUCAGACCCUGGCCCGCCAUUGACCCCCUCGCUCUCUCACACACACUCCUACAUCGAGACCCAUGUCUGACGUGUAAAACACACUCACACACGCACACACACAUGCUUAAGCUGCUCUCAUCUCCUGGAAAGAGUUGAACAAACUGCAGCUGACAUUUUAAUGCAUCAGAGCUGCAAUCAGGGUUGGUUUUGCAUCAGUGCAGAUAGCGAUGGAUUAUUUCGAGAGAGGGCAGUGAGGACAACUUGAUUCACAUCCUGAUAGCUUUCAGCUGCCACAGUGUACAAGUGCAACACGACAGCUUUCUGAGGAGACGCCUGUGCCCUCAUGUCACAUCGGUCUAUGAGCUGAUUGGUUGUGCCACUCCAGCUGGGCCUCGGGGGCAGACGAUACACUGAUUCUUAAGUAUUACAUGUUUGCUUUUGUGCUCUAUAUCUUAAGUACUCUCCAUGGAUAUAAGGAAUCACCGCAACUUACUUUGGACGACAUUCAUCCAAUUCAUUCAGUUUGUUCCUCCUGACAUGGACAGAUCUCACAAUAGUGUCGUCACAAGCUGCCAUUACACAGUAUUUCAUUCCACUUGUUGUGCCAUGUUUAUACUGACUGCACAGUGUCUCAUAGACAGUCUAAUAGCCUCAGAGUGACACACGUUGUAUCCCAUCAAGCCUUAUACUUGAUGUCUAUGAUGAUAUUUUCUGUACAGUGAGUGUUACAGCAGAGAACAAUAAGCGCAGGUCUUUUUUUAAAUCAACUAGUCUCAGUUUCUAUCUAGUUUUAGAGACUUUUGUUUGUGCUGGUUUGGUAUAAAUGCGUACUGUGCUGGGCUGGACCUGAAGCAUGCACACUCAAUAGGACCCGUUUCAAGGAAAAAUCCACCUUAAGAACAUUUUAAUGCUGUUAACUCACACUUAGACACGGUUUAUUUUGGUACAUAAAUGUUUUUUAUGUUUUCAUUUUUAGUUAAGGAUCAUUAUCAUGUUACUACACUUGAACAAACAUUAUAACUUUUCAAUUUGUAAAAACAAGAGUCUUGUCUCAGGAUAUAACUGAUGGUGUAUUUCAACAGAUACCAAUCGCUUAAUUUUAGAUACAGAGCUCAUUAAUUCAUUUCUGGGCCUAAAUAUUUUUGUUAAUCUCAUCAUCAUUAGUGUUUUAUGCAGUUUAUGGUGCCAUAAUGUCAUCUGCUCCUACACCUGGUAUUAAGAAGCGUUGUGCCUGCAUUGUGAUCAGAUCUCAGUAAGCAAAUUACUUAUUAGCUAUUGGCUAGGUACGUGUCAGGCCAAGGGAAGUGAUGCCAGUGACUGGCAUGAUUUUAAUUUUUAAAUCACUUUCUGUGAGGGACGACUUGCUAGCUGCUGCUGCAGCAUUUGGCUUUGGAAGAGGAUUCUGAUUCUAAAUAUGGUCAUGCUGUACAAAUAGCACUUAUACCUGGCUGAGAUCUGAUCACAUUACAUGCAUUAACAUGCAUUUUUCUUAUGCAAGAUACAGGUUGCAUAUCAAUACCAGGUGUAAGUGAGCCCUAUAGCUCCAUAAAACCACCUCAAUCUCAAACAAAGCCUUGAAUACAUAUAUAUAUAUAUAUAUACAUAUAAGACAUUGUUAAAUUUGAUUAUCUUGCCCAGUCCCGUUAUAUUAUUAUAACAAAAAAUAAUUAAAAUGUUUACUCGUUUUGGAACACAGACAACAUGUAAGGCAGCAAACACACAAGAAGCACCUUCAGAGAGGAGACUGGAUUCUUGCAGUUUGCCUCUGGAACCUUUUUUUUUCCCUUUGAUUUUCAGUGGCUUUAAUGGGCAACUUCAUCUGCACCAUAACACCUGAGACACAGUCACCAUGGCGACUAAGUAUAUGAGACAAAAGCAAGUGGUGAAGCAGUUCUGGUCGCCAUGGAAAAGCAUCCUAAAAACCACAAAAAAUCUCUAAUUCAUUUUUACUUUAAUUAAAGUAGAAAGGUAGAUUCUUUAUCGCAAAAUAACACCUGAGAGUUUUGUUGAUUAUUCUUCAUAUAACAGUGUAAAAGUUUCCAAGGGUGGACUUUUCCUCAGAGACCAUUUGGUUCUCUGUAACCUGCAUGCCACAUAGAGAAUAUGAGGAAAUAUUUGCAUAGGAUUUGAAAUAUGGAUCUAAUAAAAAUACAUUAGUUUAUUUGUAUGCUGCUGCCAAAUGACUUAAUACUCAGAGACACUGCACAAAACGAUGAAAGCAAUCAUACACACAAAUACACACACACACACACACUAAUAAGCACACAGAAACAGACAGUACACUCAGUUUGAAUGCUCUUUCUAUGCUGCUGCCCGUGGUUGGUUGUAGUAGCAUGUCUUUGUUGUAGAUAAACACAAUAUUCCUUUUCUGUUUUGUGUUUGAAAUCUCUAGAUACAGUAGAUCUCUCUUUGUAGAGUGCAAACUAAGUGUCUUGGAUAAUGUUCUCUAAUUCUAUCAGGUUUUUUGGGACAGACUGGCGUUGAGUAAAGAUUGUUUAAUGUUAAAGCUAUAAAUUAUGGUUAAAAAAAAACAGUAUUUAUUUACGUGAUCAAUCUACAUGUUCUGUCAGAAGAAGAGGGUGGAUCAA